UAACAGGAAGUCAAGGUAAAUUGGGCAACCACUCCUAGCAGUCAGAAGAAAGACACAUCCAAUCACUUUCAUGUUUUUGUGGGAGAUUUGAGCCCUGAGAUCACAACCGAUGACAUCAGAGCUGCAUUUGCACCCUUUGGGAAAAUCUCGUAAGUUCCCAGAAAUCACACCCUUUUGUGGAAUUAUGUUCUUUUUUUUUUUUUGUCAAGUUGGUGGUUUUCGGUUACUUUGAACCAGAUGAUCUCUGUAUAUUAUUUUUUUAAGCCCCGUUUUCCUAAAAUCUUGGAAACCGUUUCAAAGUGUAUUUAUUCAUUUGCUUUUAAAAUUAUUGGUGUUUCUUAACAUUUACAUAUUUUGGUAAGACAUUGAUGCAAAGAUAAACAUUUACUUUACAUUUGUCAUAUGUGCUGUGAUUAACUGGCAAAUUUAGUCACAGUUCUGUCACUAAUGAAGCCUUUAUAUAUAAAAUACCUUCAUGUCUCUUUAAACCUACACAGUUGUUUGUCACAGCAGUUGAAAACAGGAUGUCACAGUGUUUUAUAGACCUUAGUUUUGUUCUAACUGUAAUAUUUAAUUACAUUGAUGAUUUUAAUAGUCCCAUAUUGGGUAUUAUCAGCAAGCACAGGGAAGUCGUCCCCUUGGAAUUAUAAGGUUCUAUCUGACAUUUUUGUCAAAAUUUAGUUAUUCACAUAUUCUUAUUCUGUGACAAUUUAUUUACAUUAUGUCAUGUUUUAUUUUAAGUUUUGUACAUUUUGGGAUUUUUUUUAUUGAAAAAACAAAAAGGUUCUAUCUACAAAAGUCUAUGGAACACAAAAACUUUAAAGCUCAAUAUCUCAAAACUACUCAGAACGCAGAUAGAACCUUAUAAUUCCAAGGGGACGAAGUAUAGUCAAUAUUGUGUCCCCGGUUCAAUCUGUUGUAAAGUGCACCCUAAAAAUUUUCAUCACUAAUCUCCACCGCUUUUCCAAAAUUGGUAAGUAGUUUUGAUUUACUUAAAAAGUAAAAUUUGUAGUUGUCAACACAAAAAAAAACAUGCUACACUGCAAACUUUUCAGAGUCUCCUUUAGCUCUGAGUGUCAGUUAAUAGAGCUCUGGUUAUUUUACAGAAAUGCUCAUAGGAUUGGACAGGAGCUUGAAGGCUAACAGCAAGGAACUGUGCACUCUGGGAACUCAGAUGUAGAUUUUUUUUCUAUUUACUCUUUGCUUUUCAUAUUUGUAUACUGCAGUAUUUUCCUAUUAACGCUGACAUAGUGUAGAAUUUUAACAAACCUCAGAUAAUUCAUUCAUAUUUGCUUGUAAAAACUGUUUUUAUGAUGGUUUUCCUAGUUGUGUUGAUAGUUUGAUUCUUCUCAAAUUCUGAAAAUGUGAAUUUCUCGAAAUUUGCAGCUUCCCAAACUCCGUAUUGGUGGUAAAGAAUUGACCAGGAAAAAUAAAGAAAUCUGUUAACAGGCCAUGGAUGCACGAGUGGUGAAGGAUAUGACAACAGGGAAAUCAAAGGGGUAUGGAUUUGUGUCCUUCUAUAACAAACUGGAUGCUGAGAAUGCCAUAGUACACAUGGGGGGUCAGUGGCUCGGUGGACGGCAAAUCCGGACUAACUGGGCAACUCGGAAACCUCCAGCCCCCAAGAGUGUGCAAGACAACAGCUCCAAGCAGCUGAGAUUUGACGAGGUGGUGAACCAGUCGAGUCCUCAGAACUGCACGGUGUACUGCGGUGGCAUUCAGUCAGGUCUCACAGAACACCUUAUGCGACAGACGUUUUCUCCUUUCGGACAGAUAAUGGAGAUCAGAGUUUUUCCAGAGAAGGGAUAUUCUUUUAUCAGGUUCUCCUCUCAUGAAAGUGCUGCUCAUGCCAUCGUCUCCGUGAAUGGCACCACCAUCGAAGGUCAUGUUGUGAAGUGCUACUGGGGCAAAGAGUCAACUGACAUGGCCAAAAACGUUCAGCCGAUGGAGUAUGGUCAGUGGGGACACUGGAAUCAAAUGUAUGGUAAUCCUCAACAAUACGGACAGUAUGUGACGAAUGGCUGGCAGGUGCCGUCCUAUGGGAUGUAUGGGCAAACAUGGAAUCAGCAAGGAUUUGGUGUAGAACAAUCACAGUCCCCGGCCUGGGUGGGAGGUUUUGGGACGCAGCCCUCUCAGGCUCAGGCUGGCCCAGUGAUGAACCAGGCUAACUUUGGCAUGGCUGGGUACCAGACACAGUGAUCUGACUUUGGUUCUUCAUAACACAUGCCUCUCAAUUCUUUAGAUCCUGCUCUCAUAGGGAGGGUUGCUAAAAACUAAUAGGUGCACAUUACCUUUUUCCCUACAAGCUUUGGAUCUGAAGCAGGAAUUGCUUGAUUGUACAGAUUCAAAUUUAGAUUAAAGAGGCAAUUGAGAUGAGCACUUUCAGUGGAAAUCUGAAUUCAUUGACCAGAUUUGUUCCUGUUUUAGUGGAAUAGGAGAUGUAUUGUAUCUCUUGCCCCCCACCUUUUUUACUGCACAUCUUGAGGAAAACUGCUGAUUUUCCCUUAAAACCUAGCUUCAGGAACUUCACGGGUACAUUGCAGAAAGCCUGUGGUGUAAAUGUUUUUUUUUCGAACAAAGUAUUUUCUUUUUGUUUUGUUUUUUUUUCUCUUCCUAAAUAGCUGAUCAUGCGUUUGCGUAUUCAUUACAGUAUGGACUUUGAAUUUUGUACAAAAACAAAAAACUGCAUAAAAAAAUCAAUUCUGCAUUCUGACUUGGCAGAAAAAUGUAAGUAAAGGCACUUUUUGGGGGUUCAUUGGACCUGUGUCUUGUAAAUGUUGACGUGUAAAUGAAUUUCUAUGUAUAGUGGUAUAUAUUUAAUCCACAUUAGCUCCCCGUUCUCCUCCGAUUCUAGAGCUCUUUGAUACUGUGUGUAUAAUAUAUCUUUUUACUCCCAUUUACAGACAGUGAAAUCUCUCCCGUUCACUAUGGAGAAAGGGUCAUAAUGGCCAUACCUGUAAAUAUCUUGUGAUAUCUUGGACUGGAAUAAGGGUUUCAAAACAUGCGCUCUUCUUGACGGACUUUUGCAGAACUAAUAGACAAACAUUACAUGUGUGACUGACAUUUACAAGCAAGCCUUAAUUUUUGCUCGGUCACAUUUCAGUUGAACACUUUGAGAGCCUCGUAUGAUUUAUCUUAGAGCCUACUGUAAAUUUGUCCCUUUGCUGUUUUAACAAAUAUGCGUGCCAUUUUUGAGAAGCCAGAGAAAUGUUUGGAUUUUUUUUUUGUCAUUGGGAUGUUAAGGAAUUGCAUGUCUCAAACCGUAAUAUUUAGGUUGCUCAAAGCAUUGAAUGUAAAAGGCAGAAAUGUUUGAACGCAUCUUAGCAUUUCAAGUUUUCUUUUUAGUGUUAAACGAGUCAAUAAAUGAACUAUUGAGAAAGAAACAA